GGCGGCCGGAGAGCUCGCGCCGGAGCCCGAGCCAGUUCGCGCAGGAGGCAGGCGAGCACCCGGCGCCCUCGGGCGCGCCGAGGACAUGGCCGGCAGCCGGGAAUGCUCUGGGCUCUGAGAAUGGGAUCAUUUCAAGAACUAGAGAGUUAGUUUCAAAUAUGGCCUUGUUUUCCUUCCACUAGAUGUGAAAUAGGAGCAGCCUCUGUAUUUUAACUGGAAGUAAAAUAGAGAACAAUAUUGGAGAAUGGAGACUGAGAAUUUGGCAGGGCCUCAGGUGCAUCAUAGUCCAGGACAAGAGAUGUCAGUGGAGAGGGUGUGUGAGAGACUGAUCCGCACCAGUGUGGUGAAAGCCCAGCCUCUGCGGUUCUUAAUGCCUCAGCAGGAUUAUUUUCACUAAAGAUGGAAACACUGGAGUCUGAAUUGACCUGUCCAAUCUGCCUAGAGUUGUUUGAAGACCCCCUUCUGCUCCCUUGUGCUCACAGCCUCUGCUUCAGCUGUGCCCAUCGCAUCUUGGUCUCAAGCUGCAGCUCUGGUGAAUCCGUUGAACCCAUUACUGCUUUUCAGUGUCCUACGUGCAGGUAUGUUAUCUCACUGAACCACCGGGGCCUGGACGGCCUCAAGAGGAAUGUGACUCUGCAGAACAUUAUUGACCGCUUCCAGAAGGCUUCCGUCAGUGGACCCAAUUCCCCAAGUGAGAGCCGCCGGGAGAGGACUUAUAGGCCCAGCAGCGCCAUGUCUAGUGAGCGAAUUGCUUGCCAGUUUUGUGAGCAGGACCCGCCAAGGGAUGCAGUGAAAACAUGCAUCACCUGCGAGGUCUCCUACUGUGACCGUUGCCUGCGGGCCACGCACCCCAAUAAGAAACCUUUCACCAGCCACCGCCUGGUGGAACCAGUGCCGGACACACAUCUUCGAGGGAUCACCUGCCUGGACCAUGAGAAUGAGAAAGUGAACAUGUAUUGUGUAUCUGAUGACCAAUUGAUCUGUGCCUUAUGCAAACUGGUGGGGCGUCACCGAGACCAUCAGGUCGCGUCCCUGAAUGAUCGGUUUGAGAAGCUCAAGCAAACUCUGGAGAUGAACCUCACCAACCUGGUUAAGCGCAACAGUGAACUAGAAAAUCAAAUGGCCAAGCUAAUACAGAUCUGCCAGCAGGUUGAGGUGAAUACUGCUAUGCAUGAGGCAAAACUUAUGGAAGAAUGUGACGAAUUGGUAGAGAUCAUCCAGCAGAGGAAGCAAAUGAUUGCUGUCAAAAUCAAAGAGACAAAGGUUAUGAAACUGAGAAAGUUGGCACAGCAGGUUGCUAAUUGCCGCCAGUGUCUUGAACGCUCAACAGUCCUCAUCAACCAAGCUGAGCAUAUCCUGAAAGAAAAUGACCAGGCACGGUUUCUCCAGUCUGCAAAAAAUAUUGCUGAGAGGGUCGCUAUGGCAACUGCAUCUUCUCAAGUUCUGAUUCCAGACAUCAAUUUUAAUGAUGCCUUUGAAAACUUUGCUUUAGAUUUUUCCAGAGAAAAGAAACUGCUGGAGGGGCUGGAUUAUUUAACAGCCCCAAACCCACCAUCUAUCCGAGAGGAACUCUGUACUGCUUCCCAUGACACCAUUACAGUCCACUGGAUCUCGGAUGAUGAGUUCAGCAUCAGCUCCUAUGAGCUUCAGUACACCAUAUUCACUGGCCAGGCUAACUUCAUCAGUAAGUCAUGGUGUAGUUGGGGCCUGUGGCCAGAGAUAAGGAAAUGUAAGGAAGCAGUAAGCUGCUCAAGAUUGGCCGGGGCGCCACGAGGCCUGUAUAAUUCCGUGGAUAGCUGGAUGAUUGUGCCCAACAUCAAACAGAACCAUUACACAGUCCAUGGACUUCAGAGUGGGACACGCUACAUCUUCAUUGUUAAAGCCAUAAACCAAGCAGGCAGCCGGAACAGUGAGCCUACCCGACUCAAAACAAACAGCCAACCCUUUAAACUGGAUCCCAAAAUGACUCACAAGAAGUUGAAGAUCUCCAAUGAUGGACUGCAGAUGGAGAAGGAUGAAAGCUCUCUGAAGAAGAGCCAUACCCCAGAGAGGUUUAGUGGCACAGGAUGCUAUGGGGCAGCAGGAAAUAUAUUCAUUGACAGUGGCUGCCACUACUGGGAGGUGGUCAUGGGUUCCUCAACAUGGUAUGCAAUUGGCAUUGCCUACAAAUCAGCUCCCAAGAAUGAAUGGAUUGGCAAGAACGCCUCCUCAUGGGUCUUCUCUCGAUGCAAUAGUAACUUCGUAGUCAGACAUAACAACAAGGAAAUGCUGGUGGAUGUGCCACCACAGUUGAAGCGUCUGGGUGUCCUUCUGGAUUAUGACAACAACAUGCUGUCUUUCUAUGACCCAGCUAACUCUCUCCAUCUUCAUACUUUUGAUGUGACCUUCAUUCUUCCAGUUUGUCCAACAUUCACAAUCUGGAACAAAUCCCUGAUGAUCCUGUCUGGCUUGCCUGCCCCAGAUUUUAUUGAUUACCCCGAGCGGCAGGAAUGCAACUGCAGGCCUCAAGAAUCCCCUUACGUUUCUGGGAUGAAAGCUUGCCAUUAAGUUUCAAGAGAGCGUGUAAUUCACUGGCUCUCCAGUUCAGCAGUUCUUCCCCUCCUAAACCUAAAGUUAGUGUCCAAUAUACAAGAUACAAAAAUAAAGUUCAUUUGAAGCAUCCAAAAUAACUAGAUAUUAUAGAUUUAAUUUUUGUGCAUCAAAGCUUGUAUUUGAAUUAAUGUGUUGAGUUUCUCAGAACAAAUUAUCUGAGUAGUCUGGGUUCAAGCCAUUGGAGAAGAAAUUUGAAGAAUGCUUCUCUUGUCAUUGGAGAAUUAAAAAUUCCCCGUGGUUUAGGAGUAUAAAUGAUAUGGGAAGGAAUUAGGGUCAUUCUAGGUAAAUAAUGUAGAAAGAUGCUCUGGACAAGGGGCUAGCCAGCCGGAAAGCAAGGGUGUGUCAGCCUUGCUAGUACUGGCCAAUUAGGCCAAGGAGAAUUUUGAAGUGUCAAAUGACCCCAUAUUCUAUAUAGCUUUUUAUGAGAAAACCUACAAUCAAGGAUUUAUUAUAAAGAAAACAUGUCUGUGUAUAUAUAAUAUAUAUAUAAAAUGAAUAAAUAAUAUAUAUUAUAUAUUCAUUUUAUAAUUAUAUAUACAUAAUAAACUUUUUAAUUUAGUCAUUUGCGUGAGAAAUAUACUGGAAGGGAAAAUAAAUGAUACCAUCCAUUUUUGUCCCCUAAAGGGAACAUCAAAAUCAGUCAACAUUUCUCCCCUCCCUCCAUUCAUCCCUCCCUUCCUCCCUCCUGUCACACACACACAUGCACAUGCAAUAAUGACAUAGAUGGUGGGAAGAGCUCUAGGUUGGAUUAGGAGAGAUAGGGAGACAAGAUUGCACAAGAGAUGCUAUUGCUGGAUAGAAAAUUGAUCCAGGUAGAUGCUACCUAAUGGAGGAGGUUUGUCCGAAUUCUUAAAAAUUCUGUCACAGAAUAUUUCAAAGAAAUACAGUUUUCUUACUCUCAAGUACAUACAGUUACUAGAAUUAGGCUUAAAAAAAAGAGUUGCAUAAUGGAGGUUCUUUAGGAACCUUCUUUAUUUACUUACUCAGUAAGAAUGGAGUGUUGUAGAUGCAACAACUAUUUGCAUAUAAAUGUACUUGUAUUUUCAGAUAAGACACUUCUGAAGUGCUUAAGAAUGCCUGAGAAUAGUUUGUUUUCUUAAACAGGUUAAAUAAUCAUUCUUCCCGAAAUCUUGUUUACACUAUUCAUUUGCUUAGCCAACCCUUCAUGGCAAAUGCGGAUGUAAGCUUCAACCCAGUCCUUAUCACUAUCAUGGAAGGGAAUCAAGCUUUGUGGUCUGUGCUUCUGUCAGUUCCGCUGCUGGGAUUGGGAGUGUCAGCACCAGAGCUUUCUCCUUUCAGGAGCUGAGUCGGCUUUAAGGAGUCUACUUCUUGGGAGUCGUGAAAAUAUUGUUGUUGCACAACGUGUUAGUUGUAACAAGUCCCCAGAUCGGAGCCUUGAAACAAUGCCAAAACUCCCCCUCUUCCUUUCCACAACCUUGGUGGACGUUCAUUCAUGAAUUCAUUCAACCAACUAUUAGAUGCCGGGUACCACGCUGCAGCUGACCUAUUGAUAAUCCACAGCCCCUGCUGUCAAAUGGCUUAUUAUUCUGUAGGAGAGACAGAGUAUCUAUAUAAAUCCCCUAAGGAACAGUUUCGUAUUGUUUGUACACCUAACAUGGAAAGCAAGACUGAUGCAGAUACAGAUGGCAGGCUCACACUUACCUAUCUAGUGGCAAAGUCAGUUUUUUUGGUUUUAAAAACCCUACGUACUUACUGCUAAUCAGGAAAUGAGCAAGCUCGGUAAGAUUCAGCAGUGCUGGGAAAUAACUUGCUGUGAUGGAAAGCUCAUCAUAGCCUUCAGACUAAAAUCAUCUAUUUCCUCUGCCAUUUACUAGCUGUGUGACCCAGGGCAAGUACUUCACUUCUCUGAGCCGCUGUUUCCUCUUCUGUACAAUAAUACCUACCUCACAAGGCUGUUGCAAAGAUGAAAAAAAAGAUAGCACAUGGAAACUGCUUAGCACACACCCGGCAUUUAGUUAAGUAUGGCAUUAGUGUGGCAUACUUAACUAUUAAGCAUGGCAUUUAGUUAAGUAUGCAACAAAUAUUAAUCUCCUCCACUCAGCCCCAGGCCCAGUACAGUGUAGCAGUGCUUUAAAAUGGAUGUCUUUCAUUUCUAAGUUACUCUAAGUCUCUCCUCUAGGGCCUAUCUCCAAAUUCUUAAACAAAACAGAUGAUUUUAACCACUUCAUAAAAUCUUUCACUGGCUCCCAUAGCAUUCAGUAGAAAGUCCCAGUUACUUACCCACUUUGGCUUUUCAAGUCCCUAUUUGCUUUCCCAGCUUCAUCUUUUGCCACCUGCCCCAUCACACUGAUUACUCUAGCCAAGCUUAACGAUUUACACAAGUUGUUCUCUGGGCCUGGAAUAGAGACAUUAGUAACAAUUUUGAUGCCCAGAGUAAACAGUAGGAAUUGUUCUUAAAUUAAGGGAAUAGUGUGAAAAUGCUGUAAGUUCAGAACACUCCACCUUCACCCCAGUCCGAUUUUCUUUACCUUGGCCUUGGGACUCCCAUGCCAUUCAUUUUUUGUGCCUUUUAGAUUUUAGUGCCCUGAGACAAAGCUUCAGAUUCUCCACCCUACUUUUGACUCUAGCCUGGACUUCCUUUCCCCACCUCUGCCCCGCUCGACUAGAUUAACUCCUGAACCCCUAGGCUGGGUUAUGUUCUCCUCUCCGGAGCUCCCAUGGCACCCUGAGCACUCCCCCCUCUCAGCAAUAAUCAGACCACCUGUUAGAAUCAUUUUCGGUGUUUGUUAAAACAAUUGAUUCCUAGACCUCACCCUCGAUCUUCUUAAUUAAAACAUCUGGGCACAUAAGUGGAAUUUUACAUUUUUAACAAGCUCCCCCAGGUAAUUCUGAUGCACACAAAGGUUUAACAUAUAAGAAUCGUCUUCCCCACUAGACUGUGAAUACCUUGAGGGCAAAGGCUGUGUCUUUUGGUUUUGUUGUAUUUUCAACACCUGACAUAGGGUGUGGAACAGAGUAGUUGCCUGGCUAAUGUUAAUUGCAUGAAUGUAUGAAUGAACAAAUGAAUAAUCAAAGUUCCCCUGUUGUACUCUGAUAUCCAUAUUGGUGUUUGUUGUUUUCUGGGCAGAAAUGCUUGGCUACUUCUCCAUUUGGGCUGUAUUGAUAUUAUUUUGCAAAUGUCCCAGGACUCAUACAUAUAAAUGAGUAUUGUCUUCCUCAGAAGCUCUUUUGGAAGUUGACUUGGGGGAUUGUCUGGAGCAUGUGGCACCACUCUUUUCAAUAACUUUUCAGUCUUUUCAAACUUUGAAUGUGGAUUUAAGUUUUGGUCAUAGCCCAAAAUCACUCAGAGCUAAGCCUACUGAAUAAAGUAGGAAAAUAAACUGGGUUUGGGGUGAGCAGUGAAGUUUCUGAGCCAAAUAAUAAAAAGUGCUUUCCAAGAAAAAACAUGGUGGCAAAGUAUUCAGUGGGGGUGUGGUGAGUCCCAGAUACUUCAGUAAACUUAAGACUUUCAUAGAAUACUGGCAAUGCCAGGUACCUUAAGAGAAGUCAUUGACUACCUCUAGCUAAACCCAGCUGGACAAAGGGAAGAGGACCUGUAUUUAACAUCUUCAAGGAAGGAGACUCCAUAAGUUUUCAUUGUUGCUCUCCUCAGUCUGUUCUCCUACAAUCCUUUCUGCUAGCACAUUAUUCUUUCUGUCUGCAAUUUAUGCUUAUUUUCACUUUUUAUAUCAUCUUAUUGAAGAAAGCACAAAAAUAAUCAACAAUAAAGUUAAACAUGUUUUGAGAAUAUGAAAGAAAUUUUAAUGCCACAUUGGAGUUCUGGCUACUUGUAAGUAAGAGUAACUGCAUCUGUAUGUGUUUUUAUCAUGCAAUUCCAUUGUGUAAACUUUGGAUGCAGUGAAUUUCAAAUUGCAGCAAAAUCACUUCUAUGUUCUUUUCGGCUAAAAUACGCUAGGUGAAUUUUCUAAGCUUCCGUGGUUUACAUAUUUAUAUAUGACUACCUGGUUGGAGCAAUCCACAGAUGGACUUUUUGAUAAGUGCAAAUGUUUGAUACCCUUUCUUCUACAGAAUGGAGAAUGUGAGGCUGACAGAUGAGAACUACUCCCACACUUAUUUUAAUUCCUGAAGCCAGCUGCAGCCUCAGAGCCAUUGGGCUGUACUUGGCUGUGUAUUACAGGUUGGCCAGGUUGACCGCCAUUAGGUCUGGUGAAACUGCCUUUUACAGUCUGGUCUGCCAGCUUCAGACAUAUGCUAUGUUGUUGUUCUCGGCUAGAAUAUUUAUUAGACUAUUGUUGGACUAUUUUUUAUCAAAUAUUUUAUCCCAGGCUUGUUUGUACUGGGAGCUCUGGACCAAUAGUGUCUCUCCUAGUGACAGAAAUCUGAGCAUCUGCGGAUUACACAGCCUCAUCCCUCUAAAAUAUCCCAGC